CGCGCGCUGCGUCUGGCGGGUGAGAGAGAGUCCCCACUCUUUCCUUCUUGUACAAAAUUUCCUCUUCCUUCCCGUUCGUGGUUGUAUGUCGGCUGUAUAAUAACACAACGUAACCGCCGCAUCUUUACACUCUGAAAACACACAACGAAAAGCGGCGCGCUUAUUGCCGUCAGCGGACAAAAAAGAGCGCGCCUUUGGGUGCUUUUUUUUCCCCCCAAAAAAUGUUUGCGCUAAUUGAGUUUCACUGGGCUUCGUCCCGCACGUUUACCACGGAACUACCGCACACUUUUGGGACUUUUGGAGGAUCUAUGAACAAUAUUCAUCCUGCUAAGCUUGUGCGUACACAGAGCAGGUGUCCCUGAAGGCACCAUGGACCGGAGGACGCAAAACGCCACAUACUGUAACUGGAAGCGCUGUCUGUGGUGAGUGAGGACCAGCCCUUAUACGAGACGUCCUACACGGCGGCCAUGCACAUCAAGGCGGAGAUGACGUCGCCGGGCGGGUACAGCCACGCGUCCAAGCAGAGCCCCGAGCCCGCCGAGCCCGACUGGGUGUCUGCGGCUGCGCAAAACCCCGGCAAGAGAGGCGAGCACGUCAACGGAACCAACCAUGAGUCUCCGGUGGACUGCAGCGUCACUAAACGCUCCAGACACAUGAGCAACGACGGCGUCCCAAUGGCGUACCAGCCCUCGUACACAGAGCCCCGUGUCAGCACUCCGAAUGUGACCUCGCCCAGCAGCACCACCGAGGAGAAGCGGGUCAUCGUACCGGCAGAUCCCGAGGUCUGGACCCAAGACCACGUGCGUCAGUGGCUGGACUGGGCCAUCAAAGAGUACGUCCUGGAGGAAGUAGACGUCAUGCUCUUCCAAGCACUGGACGGCAAAGCCCUGUGCAAGAUGACCAAAGAGGACAUGAUGCAUCUCACGUCCGCCUACAACGCAGACAUCCUGCUCUCGCACCUCAAUUACCUCCGGCAGAGUAGCCCUACUUUCUCAUACACCACAACUCCCUCCAACAACACACCGCCGCCGCCCCCACCCCCACAGCCUCGACUACAGGUGAAAGCAGAAAGCACUUUUGAUGAGAUCGGACGCAGGAACAGCUGGCCCGCCAACAGCAUGACGGUCGUACCCAAAGGUUCCCCCAUGGAGCACCAACACAGCAGAGUGACAGAACCUGCUUCAAGAAUUGUCCAAGACCCCUAUCAGACAUUAGGGCCCAUAAGCAGCCGCCUAGCAAACCCAGAGGGCCAAGCCGUCGGCUCGUCCAAGAACCGAACGGGCAAGCAAAGUUCGUACAAGCUGCCUGACCUCAGCGCCCAAAGGCCUGUGGGUUCAGGCCAGAUCCAGCUGUGGCAGUUCCUGCUGGAGCUGCUGUCCGACAGCAACAACGCCGGCAUCAUCACCUGGGAGGGCACCAACGGCGAGUUCAAGAUGACCGACCCAGACGAGGUGGCAAAGCGCUGGGGCGAGCGGAAGAGCAAGCCCAACAUGAACUACGACAAGCUGAGCCGCGCCCUCCGUUACUACUACGACAAGAACAUCAUGACCAAAGUGCAUGGCAAGCGCUACGCCUACAAGUUCGACUUCCAGGGCAUCUCACAGACGCACCAGAACCACGCGUCCGAGGGCGGCAUCGUCAAGUACCAGACGGAGAUGUCCUACGUGCAGCCCUACCACAGCCACCAGCCCAAAAUGAACUUCAUGGGGGGCCACCCCGCGCCCAUGCCCGUCUCCCCCGGCAACUUUUUCAGUCCUCCGUCCACAUACUGGAACUCACCCAGCAGCCCCAUCUACCCCGGGGCAGCCAUGACCAGACAUCCCGCCACCCACUCCCACCUGAGCUCGUACUACUGAGGACACACGGCAAGCAGAAGGGGCGGGGCCAAAGCAUGCAACUGUUCCCAUUUUGAGCUCAUAAGGGGCGCACCCAAGAUGAAGCUUACCUGAAAUUAGGGUGAUGAUGCUGUGAUGUCUGAUUAUACAGGGCAUUACGAUGCAGGUGUGACGGACACAAGGGACCGUGUGCACAGGACGACGCACAGGAACGCUUUGGCAGAGUAUACUCUUCCUGGAAUAUUAUGAAUAUACUGAUGACACAUUGUAUUUACUGUAUCCAUUUCUUACGGAAACCACCUUUCUAUUCUUUAAGUACCUCGUGUGAUAGUGGAAAAACAAGGAUGGUUUUCAGGAGAAGAAACUUAUGAGCGACUCACGCUUUUGUAAAAGAAAUUGUACAGAAUCUCCGUCAUGUAGCAACAUUUACUCACAAUGUAAAGUUAAUAAAUGCUCCUUGUACCUAACCAUCGCCUUUGAUUGAGAUUAUUCAGUGCAGGGGUGCCCAAAGUAAGUAUUUUAAAACAAAGUAUUUUAAAAAUACAAGAAAACUACAAAAAAAGCAUAAUGUAACAUAAAUAAUGUUGAUACUAACACACUAAUAGAAAGGUAAAAAUAUACAGC